GAUCUGGUUCAGGUUGCACCAGCUCUCUCUCAAGUAUCUACACACCCUCUGCUGACUCCACAUCAGGUUCAUCUUCCUAAGCACCAAGGAAAUGCAACGGCUCAAGCAGUGCAUCUGUGCAUGUCUGCCCCUUUUAUAGCUAGUGGACAGCAGUCAUUUGCAGUGCCCAGCCACAUCCCUAUUUCACAACCUUCCUUCCCUGUUUUCCGUCCUAUUCCAGUCCGAGGAUCUAAUGGUUUUUUGGGAUCCAAGUUUUUGUGA